AUGGCUCCACGAUCGCUGUUCCUUGCCGUUCCGGUGGUUUUCAGUCUUAGUGGCACUCAGCCGCUGCAGGCAGCUGCGGCGGGAGAUUUGGAAAAGUCUCUUCAGCGCCCAGAAAUGCUACCUUUCUUGCCUUUCUUAUGGAAGAAUGAAGGUUUGCUUUUCACCGACAUUCUGCUCCAAAAGCUGCUCCUUCCGUUCGGUCUCACGUCUCCGUACACCAAUCUGUUCCUUACCGAUGCAAUCCGAACGAUCGCGAAUGAUUUAGACUUUUCCGACGACAGCAGUCGGCGACUCCGGGGGCGCCGAUUGCAGGCGUCAGAGUCACCUAGAGAAACGAUUCGCGCCUUCACCAAAAGCCUGCAUGGAGCUCUUGGAGGCAAUGUGUUUGAUUUAGGAUUUGCAGACCAACUGAUCGAUGAGCUGCCUUCAUCAGUUUCUGAGCAGUUAGCCAGCGUGACAGAAGCAUUCGGAAGUGAAAUACUGCGGAUUUUGGCAGACGCCGAGAACCCUGCAUCAGUGAUUAUUCAGCAGUUGGUGGCUCCGUUCGAAGGAGACGGUAUUCCAUUUCUUGUAGGAGCUGAGACAAGCGACGACACUAGCUAUGCUCCGCGGGCUUUACAAGAAGUGGAGAGCUUGGCGACCCCGUCCACCGGGCCGAAUGAUGAUGAUCAGAAGGACACAGCCGCCGCUGCAUUGAUGAAAAUGAUUGAGGCAGCUCUUGGAGAUUUCAACACUUCAUCUGGAGCCAGCAGUGCUGAACCUCUAGAAUUGAGCUCAGCGCAAGAGAAUCUUUCGGCACGGGCGGCCGUUGUGGGUGUGGCUCAUGAGAUAGGCCAAGAAUUCGGAGUUGCGGAGCUCUACGCCAAUCUUGCAGGCGCCUUCUGUGACGAAUUCUUGAUCCCAUCGGGCUUGGUCAAGGAAGUGGCUGCCUUGAUCCUGAAAGCAAAGGCAGCUAUGGGGGAAGGCGACUUAAGCAUGUUGAAUCCUGUCAGCCUUCUGGUAGGCAUAAUCGGGUCAAAGACCGGAGAUGAUGUUGACUUGCAAGAUCUGCUCGCAUUCGCUGCAGAGAUUGGCCGUGCCCUAGGUUCGGAGAAAUUCUACGUCAGCCUUGCAAAAUCUUUCUUUUGCACAUUCCUAGUCCCCUUCAAGCUGGAUAAGGUGGUCACGGAGUUGCUUCUAGAGAAGAAAGAGGCACUUUUGAAGGCGGCAGCCGUCAAGGCGUUUCUUCUAACGAAGACAUCUGCCAAGGCCUUUGCCGCUGCUCUGCUGACCCCGAAGGCGCUGGCUGCGUUGGCGCUAAAAAGCUCUGAUUUGCUGAAACUCCCGCUAUUGAUGGGAGGGGGGCUUGACAAAUUUGUUUUGGGAGGAGUCGACAAGUUUGAUCUUCCCAAAAUUCCUAUCCUUCUCGGAGGCAUCAAGUUCUUGUACCCCGAGGCAUGCCUGAAGAUCCUCGCUCAUGCACUUCAGAUAGGAGAAAAGUUUGGCAAAGGGCUCCUCUACAUGGCUGUGAGUAAGGCAGUAGUUCAUACUGUCUUGGAUCCUCUGGGCUUGACUGAGGUAGUUGCAUCCUUGUUCGCUGCCAAGUUCGAGAAAACAGGCGGAGGCAGCUGGCCUUUCUCAGGGCCCGCGAGAACCGUGACGAUAAUACAGGGAGAAUCGGCGGACAAGGCCAGCAAAGAGUCAAUUCUCGCUAUUGCCCGACAUGCCGGAGACGUGACAGGCAAUGGAGACCUUUAUGCUUCACUGAUGAGCUUUUUCGUCGACAACGUUCUGGACCCUCUUGGGCUCACGCAGUCUGUCGCGGAUGCUGUUCAUGACGGUGUCGCAACGAUGUCUACAGCGGGUGCGAAUGUGAGCCUCACCGACAUCAUUGAAAAUCUUGUGGUUGCCGUGUAUACGUCUUAG